AUGUCUAUACCUAGAUCACCAUUCAAGGAGAUAACCAACUCCAUUGCCUCUGAUGGCAGUCCUCUUCACUUGGCCUCCCUUCAGAACAACAACAACAAGAGGAACAUUCCAAAGUAUGCGCCAGUUAGUAGCAGUCAUAAUACGACGACUAGAAAUACAAGCUCAUCGAUGGUAGACAGUCCUGUGCCAUUUCAGGAAGAGGAACAGCAGGAGCUCACUGCAUCACAACUCAUGUCAACAUCUACCUCAUCAUACUCGUUCAGCGACGUUGCGUUUGAUACACCUGUGCUUAGUUCACAUCGAUUCAAUGGUAGUCUUUUGAGAUCAUACGUACAGCCACCAUCAUCAGCCGCUAGCACUGCCAUGUCUCAUCAGCCAAAAAGUCCUGUUCCUAGUAGUACACGUAGUAACAUCAACAACAACAACAACAACAACAGCACCUUGAACUGCAACAACAGUGUGACCGGAAAAUCUAUACUCAGCAAGUACCCUGAGCAUGAUGAUAUCAAGGGAAGGAUACAACAUCUGUCCAUGUUUGCUGAUGGUAUGAAGAAGGACCUGCGCAACCAGAACAUGGUGGUCGAUGAUAGACCACUAAAGUUGCCAAAGAUAACAUUGCCCCUCCCAGACAUAAAGACACAGUUGGACUAUGAGGAGAAGUCCAAGGAGGUUGAGAGACUACAGGCCACUAUUGAGAGACUGAACAAUACGGUGGAAAACCUCAAGUCAGAGAAUACUGGACUGAUGCACAAGUACAAUGAGAGUCUGGAAGUGCUGGACUCAUUCCAACAGGAGCGUCUUUCACUCAAAGAGAACGUGGCCAAUAUUGUUCGUUCGUUUGAGGAUAAGGUCUGCCAUCUGACCUCACUGAUGGAGCAGAAGGACGCCUUUGCCGCUCAGUUUGAGGACGAUGCCGCCAGUCUGAGGCAGGAGCUCAUUGCCAGGGACCAGAUCAUUGCCGAGCUCACAAACAAGAGUAUCAAAGAUGAGCAAUUGCGUAAGAAGUUGCACAACACCAUCCAAGAGUUGCGAGGAAACAUCCGAGUGUUUUGUCGUCUUCGUCCAAGUCUUGGAGGCAUGUCCGAGAGUCAGCAGCAGCAGCGUGAGGACAUAUUUGAAACAAUUGGCGACACUACAUUGAAUGUAAACACACUCACACAAACUUUGACUGGCGAUAGCAAAACAAAGACAAACAGUUUCUCAUUCGAUCGAGUGUUUGGAGCAAGAGCAUGCCAAGAGGAGGUGUUUGAGGAGAUCUCACAGCUCGUGCAGAGUGCCUUGGAUGGGUACUCAACAUGUAUUUUCACCUAUGGUCAGACUGGAUCGGGUAAGACCUAUACGAUGGAGGGUGGAAACACAUCGGCACAGCGUGGAAUGAUUCCAAGGACCGUCGAGCAAAUAUUCAGUACAUCCGAGGCACUCAAACCAAAGGGUUGGGUCUUUGACAUGGACGUCUUCUUCUUAGAGAUAUACAAUGAGUCUAUCAAUGACUUAUUGACCAACAAUUCACAACAACAAUUGCACGAGAUCAGACACGAUGGCGCCAACACAAUUGUCACCAACUUGCGGGUGGUCAGAGUGCGUCAGCCAGAGGAGAUACAUACGCUCCUGUCAAUCGCCUCUAGGAACAGGGCCGUUGCCAAGACAUUGUGCAACGAUCGGUCAUCUCGAUCACACAGCGUGUUCCAAUUGCGACUGCAGGGUCACAAUGCCGUGACUGGAGAAAACACAUCCGGUACACUCAAUCUUGUAGACCUGGCUGGAUCAGAGCGAGUGUCCAAGAGUGGAGCAUCGGGCGAUCGUCUAAAGGAAACUAUGGCCAUCAACAAGUCAUUGAGCUGUCUGUCCGAUGUGAUCACAGCGCUGGCCAACAAGGACAAGCAUGUGCCCUAUCGCAACUCCAAGCUCACCUACCUUCUGCAGGGUACACUUGGUGCCGCCAGCUCCAAGACACUUAUGUUUGUGAAUAUAUCACCAGAGGCCACAGACGUUCAGGAGACUCUUUGCUCACUUCGAUUCGCCACCAAGGUCAACUCUUGUGACAUUGGCACUGCAAGGAAGCAAUCAACCAUUGAUUUUAAGUAA